AUGUUGUACAACAUUGCCUCGAUCUCGCGCCGCUCAGCAAUACGGCACCAUUCCAUCACUCUACGCGCCUUCUCUUCAUCUUCUGAAUACGACGUGGUCGUGAUAGGUGGUGGUCCAGGUGGCUAUGUUGCAGCUAUCAAGGCCGCACAACUAGGUAUGAAGACUGCCUGUAUUGAAUCCCGCGGUAAAUUAGGUGGCACGUGUCUUAAUGUGGGUUGCAUCCCAUCCAAAGCACUGCUGCACUCGACGCAUCUGUUACACACGGCGCAGCAUGAGUUCAAAAAUUAUGGCAUAGACGCUCCUGAAGUUACAGCAAAUUUUCCUCAAAUGAUGAAAGCCAAGGACAAAGCGGUGAAAACGUUAACAAGCGGUAUUGAGUCGCUUUUCAAAAAGAACAAGGUGACUUAUAUCAAGGGAUCUGGAAAGAUCUCGGCGCAGGGCGAAGUGUCUGUGGCUCUACAUGACCACAAAGGGAAUGAGACUGUCAAAGCCAAGAACAUUAUCAUUGCAACAGGUUCGGAGGUCACCCCAUUACCUCCUGUUCCAGUAGACAAUGCUGCCGGCAAGAUUGUAGACUCUACGGGUGCUCUGGAACUUAAGCGCAUCCCCGACCAUCUUGUAGUUGUAGGUGCUGGUGUCAUUGGACUUGAGCUUGGUUCUGUUUACAAGCGUCUUGGGGCCAAAGUGACGGUUGUAGAGUAUCUUGACGAUGCUUGUACCGGUAUGGACAAGGGAUCUGUCAAGGAUUUUAUCAAGCUGCUUAAGAAACAAGGUCUUGAAUUUAAAUUUGGCACGAAAGUGACGGCUUCGGAAAUAAAUGGAGAUGUUGUUAAACUGACGACUGAGCCGUCUCAAGGCGGCGAUGCAGCUUCUAUUGAAUGUGACACGGUGCUCGUAGCCACUGGCCGUCGCGCUUUUACAGCUGGUCUUGGACUGGAGCAAAUGGGCAUCCAAACAGACAAAUUUGGUCGCAUUGAAGUAGAUGAAGCUUUUCGUACGCAAGUGCCUGGUAUCUUUGCAAUCGGCGAUGUGAUCAAGGGCGCUAUGUUGGCACACAAGGCCGAAGAGGAAGGCAUAGCCUGUGCCGAGAUCAUAGCUGGCAAGCACGGUCACGUCAAUUAUGGUGCAAUUCCUGGUGUUAUCUACACAUUCCCUGAGUUUGCUUCGGUUGGUAAAACAGAGGAAGAGCUGAAAGCAGAGGGUAUUGAGUACAAUGUGGGCAAGUUUCCUAUGAUGGCCAACUCGCGGGCUCGUACGGUGGGAGAGUCUGAUGGAAUGGUCAAGGUACUGGCCGACAAGAAAACAGACAAGCUGCUAGGCGUACACAUUAUUGCUAGCAAUGCCGGCGAAAUGAUUUCGGAGGGCGUCAUUGGUAUCGAGUAUGGUGCAGCUAGCGAAGAUGUAGCGCGCACGUCCCACGCCCACCCGACGCUAAGUGAGGCGUUUAAAGAGGCCUGUUUGGCCGCGUAUGACAAGCCCAUUAAUUUCUAA